AUGCUGUUCAAAUUUCACGAGCUCAUAUUUAUUCAUAAAAUUUCAUUCUCUCUUUAUUUUCUUGCUUUCUUAUUUCUUUGUUUCUCUUGGGCCGUCUCUUUCUUUCUUUCUUUCUUUUUUUCUUUCUUUCUUUCAACUUGUUCCUCUUUCUUUCGUCUUGUUCCUUUUUUUUUGUCUUGUUCCUCCUGGUCUCUUUCUUUCUUUCGUCUUGUUUCUCUUGGUUUCUUUCUUUCUUUCUUUCGUCUUGUUUCUCUUGGUCUCUUUCUUUCUUUCUUUCUUUCUUUCGUCUUGUUUCUCUUGGUCUCUUUUUUUUUCUUUCAUCUUGUUUCUCUUGGUCUCUUUCUUUCAUCUUGUUUCUCUUGGUUUCUUUCUUUCUUUCUUUCUUUCUUUCGUCUUGUUCCUCUUGGUCUCUUUCUUUCUUUCUUUCUUUCGUCUUGUUUCUCUUGGUCUCUUUCUUUUUCUUUCAUCUUGUUUCUCUUGGUCUCUUUCUUUCAUCUUGUUUCUCUUGGUUUCUUUCUUUCUUUCUUUCUUUCUUUCUUUCUUUCGUCUUGUUCCUCUUGGUCUCUUUCUUUCUUUCUUUCUUUCUUUCGUCUUGUUCCUGUUGGUCUCUUUCUUUCUUUCGUCUUGUUUCUCUUGGUCUCUUUCUUUUUCUUUCAUCUUGUUUCUCUUGGUCUCUUUCUUUCUUUCUUUCUUUCAUCUUGUUUCUCUUGGUUUCUUUCUUUCUUUCUUUCGUCUUGUUUCUCUUUCUUUCUUUCUUUCUUUUUUUCUUUCUUUCUUUCAACUUGUUCCUCUUUCUUUCGUCUUGUUCCUUUUUUUUUGUCUUGUUCCUCCUGGUCUCUUUCUUUCUUUCUUCUUGUUUCUCUUGGUCUCUUUCUUUCUUUCAUCUUGUUUCUCUUUGUUUCUUUCUUUCUUUCUUUCUUUCUUUCUUUCUUUCUUUCGUCUUGUUUCUCUUUCUUUCUUCCUUUCUUUCAUCUUUCCAUAAAGCCAACUAAAGGCUUCCUCCUCUUCGUUGUAAUUUCUCCCUCUCUUCUUCCUUCAUCUAACUCUCCUCCGCCUGCUGAUCCCCCUUUCCUCUUUCUUUUUCUAUGUAUCGUCAGACUCAACAAGUCUCAAUCGACGAAUGAUUAA